CGGGAGACUCCCGGGGAUUACCCGCCGUCGGACUCCAUCCUUCAGGCGGCGCACGAGGAAGCUGUCAGCGUCCGAUGCUGUCCGUUGCAAGUUUCGAGUGAUGAAUGCAAUGAGCCCUUUCGCAACGAGAAGUGGAAAUGGCCCCUUCACCGUUCACGUAUAUAUAAACAAGCAAGUCCAAAGGCGAACCAACACAGCCUUUGAUAUCGCCUCGUUCGACGGGCCAGUUUCUUCCUGUUAGAAUGUCUCGUAUCGCACUGUAUCUCUUUGUCGCUCUGGCUGUGCUUGCCAUAACCCACGCUCAACGAAGACCGAAUUUCAACUUCCAGCAACCUCCACCUCGUCACCGCUUUGAGCUCCAGGGAAGUGGUGGAGGCCGAAACCGCGGCAACUACCACGUCAACCUGGGUGCUCGGGGGGAGUACGACAUCCACCGCUUCAAGAACGGAGGAAAGGUGGUGGGCUACGGACAAGGCUCCCAGAGCUUCGGUCGCUUCGACGGACAAUCCUACAAAGGAAAGCCUCAAGGAGAAGUCGGUGUUCGGGUCGAGAUUCCCAUCGGGAAAGGCAAAUGAGAAGAUACCCAGAAUAUCCUUCUAUUCACUCCUUCAUACGCCAAAAAUGGUCUUCAUUUGUGUUGGUUUGUGUGUUCCCGACGAGAUAAUUUCAUCACAUUUAUGGGGUGGAAACAUCAGUAUGUAUAGCACGAUAGGUUCCAUUAAUAUUAAAUAUAUAUAACUUCCACAAUCUAUUUGGCUCCUCAUUCUUCAUACUAUUCCAUUCACAAAGAGCGAUAAUUGAAAUAACAAUUCUGCACUUACUAAUAUGCAUAAUGGCGAGAAUAUGCUGAUAACGUAUUAUGCAAUACCAGAAAAUAAAGCAUUAUUCUUCAUCUUCUU